CCUCCGCCAUGGCUCCCAGCCCGCUGCCCUGGCUGCUGCGCCUGGCCGCGCUGUGCCAUCUGACCGCGCUGCUGGCUGGACAGCACCAGGGUGUAACGAAAUGCAGCAUCAUGUGCCACAGGAUGACCUCCAAGAUCCCAGUGAAAUUACUCGGCCGGUACUGGUGGAACCAGGAGUCGUGCGGCAAGCGUGCCAUCAUCUUGGAGACAAUAGAACACAGACACUUCUGUGCUAACCCAGAGGAGCCGUGGGUCCAAAAAGCGAUGAAGCAACUGGACGAGAGAGCGGUUACACUGAGUCAGAAUGGUGGUACAUUUGAGAAGCAAAUCGGUGUGGUGAAGCUGGGGACCAACCCCACCUCCAGGGGACCUCCCCAGCCUGCCAUGGUAGAGGCUGCCGCCACCGGGGAGAGCAAGAGUUCCGAGCUGACUGCUUCUUCCCAGGAGGCCUGGAGGCCCACAGGGACAUCCCCAGAGCUGCUGGUAGAAGUGACUACAUCCUUGAGGACCGGGCAGCCCCCAACGUCCCAGGCUUACGAUGGAGAGCCUAUAGGCAGGCCUGAGGGCACUGAGAUUUCCAAUGCAGGUUCCACGUCUACUACCAUGGAGUGGCAGGGCUCCGGCCUCCGGGUUGAAACCCCCUCCUUGCAGGCCCUUUCCACCCAGGCCCCCUCCACUCAGGCCUCCUCCAUCCAGACCCCCACCAUUUCACAGCUAGCCCCAGAGGAGAAUGUUGGGUCUGUAGGCCAACCAGUAUGGGUCCAGGAACAGAGCCCCAGCCCGGAGAACUCUCUGGAACCUGAAGAGAUGGGUCCUGCUCCAGCUUACACCAGUGUUUUCCAGGACUGGGUGCCUGGUAGUAUGGCUCAUCCUUCUGUGAACUCCCUCUCCUCUGAAGGGGCCCCCAGCAAGGAACCAGUGGCUUCUGGUAGCUGGUCCCCCAAGGCUGAGGAGCCCAUCCAUGCCACAGCAGACCCCCAGAGGCUCAGUGUCCUGAUGACUCCUGUCCCCGACUCGCAGGCAGCCACCCGGAGGCAGGCGGUGGGGCUGCUGGCCUUCCUUGGUCUCCUCUUCUGUUUGGGGGUGGCCAUGUUUGCUUACCAGAGCCUUCAGGGCUGCCCCCGCAAGAUGGCGGGGGAGAUGGUGGAAGGUCUUCGUUACGUCCCCCGCAGCUGUGGCAGCAACUCAUACGUCCUGGUGCCAGUGUGAGCAGUCCACCUGUUGGCAUCCUGUUGUUUGAUUCAGAAGGUGCCUGGGGCCCCCCCACCUUCAUUCCCACCCUCACCCCUGGGCCUGGACUGAGCUGGAAUGAUAGGAAUGGAGAGCCAGGGUCCUCCAGCUGCUCCAAGACCCCAGGGGUGGCCCAGGAGGCCACCCUUGACCUUUCUCCACCUACCAGGGGCAGAGGAGGUGGCCUUCGAUGCUCCCAGACCUGCACACUCCUCUGCUGCUGGCUGGUUAGAGGCUCCCUAACACCAUCCCAGCCCCAGUGAACAAUUAUUUAUUGACUGCCCAGCUCCUGAUCCUCUUCACCCUAUGAGCACGUGGUCCUCCCAUCUCCCAAAGAAGCAGCUGGCCCGGCCCCUCCUCCAGGACCCCUUUCUUCCCCGAGACCUCCUGCAUCUCCUGGUCCUGCUGCAGUCGCCAGCCACCCCGGGCAGCUGCGGUGCUAUCUCUCUCUCUCUUCCUGACCCUUGUACAGAACCCACCUCCCAACCCAGGUCCUGUCUUGUCUUGCAUGAGGCCAGUGCUGUGUGUCCUGGGACUGCUGCCUGCAAAGCUUCUGGUGUCACAGAGAGCCAGAUGAGAGUGUUUGGUGGCUUUGAGGUGGUGUUUUGUUUUGUUUUGUUUUUUUGUUUAUUUUUCCUGGUAGUAAAAGUUUGCUUUGUCUGAAGACUAGGCUUCCAGCCCCAGCUCCACCCUCCACCCAACAGGACAGCCAUCUGUAAAGGAGAGGAGGGAUGGCUGGCAGGUGGCAAUAACUUGCACAUACUGACACUACUCAUCCCUUGGAUCCAGCCCCUGGAUGCAGCUCCCAGCCCUCAGCAGCAGAGCACGAAGGACAGCCGCAGAUGUCCAUUGGACUGGCACUUCUUUGGACCUUGUAGGCUGGGCAGCUGUAGGAGUUAGAAGGCAGCUCUGAAGGCCCCUCUGUGCCCUGGCCAGACUCCCUGUUCACCUCCACAGCCCUUCCAGAAGGAUGAGGAGUGGGGUGGGGCAGGAGGCAGCACCCCCCCCCACCUCUAGGCCAUGAUGCUGUGUAAAAGGAGCCAGGAGUAAGCGGCUGGAGGGGGCCACACUUGGGGCAUCUGUGUGGGGACUCAUGCAGCAAUGGCUUGCUGUGGUCCCACAUAGCCAGGGGUUUUUCUGUGGUCCCAGUCCCCUUCCCCUUCUACUUUUGUUUUUUCCCCUCGGUUGUGGGGGCUUGAACUCUGGGCCGCAGCCUUGUCCUUGAGC